AUGCCCCACAAGUUCUACCAUGGCCACACUGGUCGUGUCUGGAACGUCACCAAGUGCACCAUUGGCGUUGAGGUCAACAAGCAAGAACAAGGAAUAUCAGUUCUUGACAAUGCAAUUGUAGUUUGUACCCAAGCAAUAGAGCAACACAAGGGGAAACUUACUGUGAAGGAGGCAUCCAGAGCCGUGAGUGAACGGGAUGAUAAAUUACUUGCUGAGCACAUGGCUAAAUUACAAAAUGCAAAUGAGGAGGUGAGUGGUGACGAGGACAGCGAGGAAGAGGAAGACACGGGAAUGGGGAAGUUGAUAUGGAGAACGCCGGUAGUGGGAUUACAGAGUGAAAAUGCGGCACAGAUACUGACAAUUAUAUUUUUUUGA